AUUUUUUGUAAAAAACCAUGUCAGACAGUUCUGACGACGAAUUAAAUAGUAGCGAUGAUCACGAGAAAACAUCAUGGAUAUUGUAUAAAGAUCGCGUUGAAUGGAACGACGUAACUCCUAUACCCCAGGAUGAUGGUCCUCAUCCUGUUGUAUCCAUUGCAUAUUCCGAAAAGUUUAAGGAUGCCUACGAUUAUUUCCGUGCCAUUUUAAAGUCGAAUGAAAAGUCAGAACGUGCGUUAGCUUUGACAGAAACUUGUAUAUGGCUUAAUCCAGCCAAUUAUACUGUAUGGCAAUACAGAAGAGAGAUACUUAAAACUUUGGCAAAAAACUUAUAUGAAGAAGUAAAAUAUACAGAUCGAAUGAUAAAGUAUAAUUCUAAAAAUUAUCAAGUUUGGCAUCAUAGAAAGGUCAUUGUAGAAUGGUUGCAAGAUCCCAGCGAAGAAUUAGCAUUUAUGGAAACUGUUUUAUGUAAAGACGCAAAGAAUUAUCACGCCUGGCAACAUCGUCAGUGGUGUAUACAAACUUUUAAUUUAUAUGAUAAGGAAUUGGAAUAUGUGGAACAAUUGUUAAAUGACGAUGUCCGUAAUAAUUCUGCUUGGAACCAACGCUAUUUUGUUAUAAGUAAUACAACAAAGUUUGAGCAAGAAGUGAUAGAUAGGGAAGUUGAUUUUACGCUGGAGAAAAUUGAGUUGGAAAAAGGAAAUGAGAGUGCUUGGAAUUACUUAAGAGGGUAUUUUUAUUUCUGA